GAGCGCGCACCGGCCAAGCUCGUUAACUUCUCCGCUUCCUAUCCCCCCUCCUAAUUUUCGGGCAGCUUCUGCAGCAACAACAAAUCGGAGUGCCGGGCAGACUACCGGAUCAGAAGAGACUCCUCGAGCACUCCAGACAGCCUCAGACUGGUCGUCAUCGUCUGUUUUACUCCGGAGACUGCGGAUUUUACCCUUUAUCUUUUCCAGUGGAUACUGACAGUACGCACCGCCUCCUCGUGAUAAACAAAGUCCACGGACAUUAAGUCUGCUGUUAUUUGUUUUUUAGCUGGGAAAUAAAAUCCUCUGUCCAGCUUUCUUCUCUGCAUUCCCUCCGGUUUAACUGCACCGGGCAGACUUGGAAAGAGCAACAGCCUCCACCGGCGCAUCAGUGAGGUAGAAAGGCCCUACAUCAAGCUGCAGCCAUGGAUGAGAUGGACCUGCCCCAGAUGAAGAAGGAGGUGGAGAGCCUCAAGUACCAGCUGGCCUUCAAACGAGAGAAGUCCUCCAAAACAGUGACUGACUUGGUAAAGUGGAUAGAGGAUGGCGUCCCAGAGGAUCCCUUCCUGAACCCGGAGCUGAUGAAGAACAACCCGUGGGUGGAGAAAGGAAAGUGCAUCCUUCUCUAGAGGAAACCAACUACCCUGCCAUGACCUUUCAACUUUUACCGCCCCCGAGCAACACACACCUUCAGAUGACCCCUGAACCUGACCCGGCCUGUGAAGGCCACGUCAGGACAGCACCUCCUAACUUCUCACCGUGAAUGUACAACCGCUGAUAUCCCCCUACUUCCCCUGAAAACACACCCCAACAAAGGCACAGAAACACACACUGACAGAGACACACACUCGCACACUAUCACUCUAAACUUUGGGUUUUUCCCUGACUGCCACACUUUUAUUGCAAGUUUAUUCCUGCCACAGCAAUGCAUCAUUACUAUGAUACAUGACGACGAUGAUCAAUACUUCUAUUACAUGUCUCUAUAUGGAUACAUGAUGACUUAUUUAUGCAGCUGCCAGUCCCAAGCUUUCUCUCCUCUUCUACAAUCUCUCCUCUUCAUUGUGAGCUCAGCAGUUUUCCCCCCCAGUUUUGAUGAGUUGUAAUAAACUGUAGAGUCACAUUCUCACUGGCAGACUGACUGUAGAUCUGCUGGGGGGAGUUUGCUCCACAUAGAGAUUCUGUAAAACCGCUUGCUCUUACAAAAUUAUCACCUAAACCUAAAAGACGUAUACGCCAAUGAUUUGCUUACAGACUAUGGUUUUAACAUUUCUCCCAAGUCACAAAUCAGCUUUUAAACACACGUAAGACCUACAGUACAUGCAAAGGACAUUAGAACUCAUGACUGUAGUAUGUAUGAUCAUGUGUAUUUGCUUUCUUGCUUAAUCCAGACUAUGUUCAAUUUUACGUACAUUAUGCUACAUAUAUGCAUCUCCAUUGGCCAGAUCACAAAUUGGUUUGCAAUCUUUCUUGGAUCGGAUCCACCCAAGAGUAUAAAUGGUGUCUUUAUCCGUAUUCCCCAUCCAACAUCAGGGCAGUUGUAAUACAUUGUAUGAUUACACUGCUAGGCAUUAUAAAUCUUUAUGGGUUCUUAUGGUGCAUUUACAAAUUCGAAACAUUACAUUUCAAACCUAAUUAACAAACUAUGCCACUGUUAACAGAUCAGAUAAAAAGACGAAUUCCAAGAAUUUGUAAUGUGGAAGCUUAUUAAUUCUCUAAAGGCGUCGCUAUGCUUAAAAUGAACUAAACCGUGUCGGACACAGUGUUGGGAGCCAUUACACGAAAGAAAGAACACACAUGAAUCAAGAAAAGCCGUGCUUUCAGCUUUCACGGCACGGCAGUGUGACUCCAACAGUUUUCAUAUAUAGUUUUAAGUUCACACAACUUGCAUGGCUAUCACACACACAUUCUGAAGAAGAGAGCCGCACGCAGCGUUGUCUUGCUUCAGUAUCAUCACGUCAGGAAGUUUUGUCACAGAAGAAUGAAGCUAUGGAGUGCCCACUCAUGUACAGACAGACACCUUUAACUUAUUAACUUAUUGAUGCAUAUACUCGGUUUAUUUAUUUAUUUAUUGAUGAAACCUUUCUCUCACCUUAGAUUUGUUUCCUGUGUCUGCACUCCCUCGACCUCAUUCCCCCACUUAAAAGAAACAACAGAAAACCACCACAAAAAAAAAAAGAGACUACACCUUGCAAGAUCACCAUCUACUACUGCCUUGUACACAGUUUCCUUAAAACAAGAAUGUAAAUAUGAGGCAUGAUCACAGCUGACCUCAGAACUGGCCACCGUGUGAGUGCAUGUGGCUGUAAUUGUGUGUUUAUGUGUGCAUAUUUAUAAAGAAAAAGAAAUAACAAAGAGGGGAACAUCAAUUUGGACUUUAGGCUCCCUUGUGGAUUGUGAGGCGCACACAUGCCGAUGUGUCACACACACAGACAGGCCUGAGGCCGAGCAGAUCAACAAAACACACACACACACACACACACACACA